CAAAUAGAAACAGAACGACGCAAUACGAGGUUUCGUAGCAAGUUCAUCGUGAGCGUUUCAAUCAGUACUCAACUCUGUGUUCAACUGUGUAGAGCUAAAAACUAAAUUAAAAUGGCCAAGAUCGCUGUUGUUUUCCUGCUGUUCGCCAUCGUUGCUGUCUGCAACGGUGCUCGUGUUCCCCGUGAGGAACCCCAACCUCCACAGGUUGGAGUUGACUUCAAGCCAGUCAUUGAGCAGUUCCAGAAGCUGGCCAGCGAUAAGAACGUGGAGGGUCUGAAGGCUGAGAUCGCCAAGGUCGGCGAAAAUCUGCAGAAGAGCGGCUCUGAGGCGUGGGCAAAACUGCUGGCUUUCGGCAAGGAUCUGGAAGAGGUUGUCAAGAAGAAUCUGCCUGAGGCACCAAAGGCUUAAACGAUUAUACAAAUAAAUGAGUUUUAACUAGCAAAA